AUGCCAGCGGCUGCGCCUCAUGUGCUUCCAGCCAGCCUGUUGCGUCCCUUCGCUCUCGUUGCCGGACUCCUGCGAAUCUCAGCAGAACGUGCGGGCGACGAAGAGUCCUGGCUCAAGGACGCGGAUCCGCCGACGCCAGAGAGGGCGGCGGCUUUUUUGGAUUGCGAAGGCUUGGGCAGUGAUCAUAUCUUCUGGCCAUUGUUUCGACAAGCUCUACUUGCGGAAGGCGUUUUCGGCGAGACCACCUUGGAGCUGGCAGUGAGGAAAUGGACGGAGUAUGAGAGCUUCCAGGAAGACCUUUUCCGUCGACGAGACAGUGAAGGAGGAGAGAUGGUCAUGGUUGUACCUGGCCUCACCUUUGCGAACGGCUCAGCUCUUGAAACGCGCAUCGCAGACUUGAUUGACUUACCCUUGGUGCUCCAGAAGGCGCAGUUCUCCCAUCUUUUCGAUGACCCACCGAAGUGGGGGCCAAACGAGUUUGCGGGCUUUUUGGCUUGCCCAGUCGGCUUUGUGCUGGUGCAGUACGUCAUCUUCCUUGCGAACAAGGUUCGUGCUCAGCUGGAUCUGCAGACCUUGAAAGAGUACUGGGAGGCAAUGCUGAAUGCUUUCGGCUCCAUUUAUUCCGUGCCGAACUAUGUCCUGGACCACUCCGAGUCCGCGAACUGGGGCUUGACCUCCACAGAUAUUGCUGUGAACAUCAACACCGAGCCAGGUGUGUACUAUCCGAGCUAUGAGGACUACUGCUUUCAUCGUCCUGUUCCACGUCCGAGGCUCACAGCGUGGAACGAGGAUUCUCCGAGCUUGCUGGAGCUCGAAGCAUCAGGGCCGGACUACUCGGCGCUUUGCUCUGGGCGCUCCAAAAUUCCCAUCGCGCUGAUCGGAGAACAUGGGCCAGUGAACUUGGACCAUCUGAGCACCAUCCGCGCCGCAUUGAAGGAGGCCUGCGGCAAGGACUACCAAGAUCCUAGCGUUGAGGUGGAAGCGGGGCAUUUCUUUACAUACUUGUGGGCGCUUGAAGGCACCAAGGAGGGUGAUGCCCUGCGCGCCACGCUGCGCAUCUCUUGGGAGGAGUUCUGGGGCGAGCCGCUGACAAAAUCCCGAGGGCGCACGGAUGGCCUCCCACGCUGGACGGUCGCGGCUGCUGUUGCAGCGCUUCGCGGCUUUGCGAAGCGCGAGCCGCUGCUCCGGCGCAGCCGGCUGCAGAUAUGCUGCGAACCUCUGUGGCUUUGCGUGCUGCUGCAUGCUGCCAUGGGCUCUGGCCAUCUUCUUGUUCGCGUGAGCAUGUGCUUGCUCCAUGCAUUCGCCCACAUUUUUGGCGAGCAGGAGCUGCCAGCCUUUUGGCCGCUGGUCCGUGCACUCGGCGAGGACCUUCAGAAGCAGGGCAGGCUCAGCGCCGCGGCCACGAUCUCUGCCGAAAUGCUGAACUAUCAGAGCGGCAUUCGACCUGCUUACGUGCCGGCCUUGUCUUUGCAUGUGGCGGCUUCGGCACAGUAUGCGCCGACAUCUGCUGACGUGCUGUUCUUCCGCUUUCGGCUUCCGGGUGCUCCGGGAUUCAUCCGCAUCCUUGAAAUGCUGUCUGCCGAGGCGCGUGCGCAAGGCGUUAACUUCGCGAAAAUCGUCAUCAUGGACGCGACACAGAAGUCUUUGAGCUUUGCAGAAAUUAGCUCUUUUCGUGCUCUUGCUCUACUUCCACAUGUUCCAUAUGCACAACGCUUGCCGGAUGUUUUCGCGCUGAACUCGCCGACGCUGGUGCCAGCGCUCCCAUUGCUGCAGAAGUACGUGUGGCCCUACGCUGGACCCUUCUGUGGACGUACAGAUUCAGAGCUCUCGCAGGCGCUUGAUCCGAUGGCUGCCAACACGACAAGCCAUCCCUACUCACCGUUCACCUUCCAGGGCAAAAUUUUCCAGCCGGACCGCUUUAAUGAGGACAGACGCUACUGGGUGCAGUAUACUGAGUGGGAGCUUUGGCCACACCUAAUUCGCUUCAGGAGUGCGCGGGAGAUGCUUCAACUUGCCACCAUGACGCAGGCAGAGGCCUCUGUGAUCAGCACCCGGAUGCGUCAGCAUCAUGAGGAGCUGCGCCGCUCCUCCCUUCACUGGUGGCGUCUCGCUGCAGCAGCAGCGCUCCACUGA